AUGCCAUGCGUGCGUCCCUCUCUCCCCUCCCUGUCCUCUCUCCCAAUCUUCUCCCACUCCACGCCCUGCUCUCUCGAUCCUCUCUUCCCUCUCUUCCUUCUAGCCCCUCCGUUCUGUCAUUUCUCCCCCCCCCCCCCAUCUCCCCCGUCAUUUCACCCCUCCCCUGUCAUUAAACCCCCCCUGUCGCAGCCCCUCUGCUAUACGCCUUUCUCUCCCUUACGCCCCUCUGCUAUACGCCUUUCUCUCUCUUACGCCCCUCUGCUAUACGCCUUUCUCUCCCUUACGCCCCUCUGCUAUACGCCUUUCUCUCCCUUACGCCCCUCUGCUAUACGCCUUUCUCUCCCUUACGCCCCUCUGCUAUACGCCUUUCUCUCCCUUACUCCGCUCGGCUAUACCCCUUUCUCUACCUUACUCCACUCUCAAACUCCCCUGCCCUCUCUCCCUAUCCCAUCGUCUCUCCCCUCUCGUACUCCCCUCUCCCCUCCCUGCCCUCUCUCCCAUCCUUUUGUUCCCCCCCUCUCUGCCCCCCUCCCCUCCCUGUCCUUUCUUCCCUCUCCGCCCUCCCCUAUCCCCAAGGAUUAA